UUCAUGUCGGCACGUUUUUUUCGAUAAAUUGUUGAAAAUAUUGUAAUAAUGAGUAGUAAGAUCAAACUUUUUAACGAUUCAGACCCAGAGGAGGAGGAAUCAGUGGAGUUUCGCACAAACAAAAGUUACGCCAAGCACUACGACGAAUUCAGGAAGAAAGAAAUCCUUGGCCAGCUGAAAAACUUGGAACCCGAUGGCAGUGAUUCAAGUGACGAUGAAACGACCGACGAAGAGAUCGUCGAUGCGGACUUCGAUAAAGAGUUCUUCCGAACGCUUGCCUUUCUCAAGCGGAAUGAUCCGAGCAAGUACUCCGAGGAGCAAAGCUUUUUUCAGAACGUUAAGCCAGUUGAGGAGGUGGCAUUGGUGAAGCGACAUCGGAAGGAAAAGCCGAUGACCCUGAAGGAUUACGAGCGUAAGGUGAUGCUGGAGAAGGAUGGCGUAUAUGAAGACGAGGAGGAUCUAGGGCAUUCACCCCAUGCAACACGGGCCGAAUCACCGUCGUUAGUGGAGCAGCAGAAGCGCAUCAAGGAUGAAAUUAAACAAGUGCUCAGCGCGGUGACCGAUAGUGACGAUGAAUCCGAGGGUGGCUUACUGAAGGAAAGGGUACGCAGCAAAGCGGAACACGAGAAAGAGCAAGCAGAUUACCGACGCUGGUUGGCAGAUCGGAAGGCGAACGAAGAGCCGCCCAGUGAGGAAGUGAAGGCACUACAACCUCUAAAGCACUUUUGGACCAGCGGAAAGCUCUCUAAGGAAGACGCCUUUCUGAAAGAUUACAUUCUCAACAAUCGAUUUGUGCAGAGCGGUGAUAUUCCCAACUACGAUGACAUCGUUGCGACCUCGGAAGACGAGGCCGAACUCGAGAAGCAGGAGGAGUACGAGCGACAGUACAACUUCCGCUUCGAGGAGCCGGAUCCGGAGUUCAUCAAACGUUAUCCGCGCACGGUGGAUGAUACGAUGCGCGUGGAGCGCAACAAACGCCAAGAGCAACGGCAGGCACUAAAGGAGCGGAAGCAGAAGGAGCGUGAGCAACAACGACGCGAGCUCGAUGAACUGAAGGCGGUUAAAUUGAAGGAAAUCCGCGAUCGAAUUCAGCGGUUGAAGGAGAUUGCCGCCACGGAAAAGCUGGCAAUGAAUGAGGACGAUCUCGAGUCGGAUUUCGAUCCCGAUGAGCAUGAUCGGCGUAUGAGAGAGAUGUUCAACGAUGACUACUACGGUGUGGACGAGGGUGACCAGAAGCCGGAGUUUCCCGAGCUAGACGAGGAGCUGGGAAUCGAAAACUACGACAAGGAUGAGCUCAAGGCUGGUGCUGACGGUGAAGGGGGUCCCCAUUGUGAGGACGAUGAUUUUGUUAUGGAUUGUGAUUACGAGGAAGAGAAGCAGAAAAAGUCCGCGAAGGAUGGCAAGGAGGCGCUUCAACAGGAGUUGAUGGACUCUACGCGAAGUCGCAAAAAGAAGGGCCGAAGACAGUCAAAGUUUCGUGAAAUGCUUCGUGCAGAAAAACCAUUGUUCGACCCAGAGGACGAGAAAACAUAUGGAGAGUACAUCGACGAGUACUACAAGCUCGACUACGAGGACAUAAUCGGCGAUACGCCGUGCCGGUUCCGAUACGUGGAGACUACACCGAACGAUUUUGGACUAACAGUGGAGGAGAUACUGACGGCUAACCCGCGUGAGCUAAACCGUUGGGCUAGCGUAAAGAAGACGGUGCAGUUGCGCCCGAAGAACGUAGAGUUGCAGGAGAUCGACCUGUACCGGCGAAAAGCUUCAAAUGAAUGGACAAAGCGCCGUAUUCUCCCAAGUUUAUAUGCCGAGCCGGAGGCUAAUGAUGACGAAGAUAAGGAGAUAACGGAACGAAAGCAGCUGAGCAAUAAUGAAACAACAGAAACGAUAUCAGAGAAACAAAGCAGAAAAAACAAACCAGACGGUUGCCAGAAACAAUCGGAUAAGAUUAAUGUCAAGGUAAAAGAGUCCCCUCCACAGCUUCAAAGGUCACCAAAAAAGAAAAAGAAAGUUGAAACCGAUAAAAAAUCUAAGCCCUUAAUCAUACCGUCUGAAGAUAAGCCAAUUGACACCACAGCGGAAAAGAAAAAGCAUAAAGAAAAAUCUGCACCGGCGCUAAGUGUUCCAAGUAUAAAUCAUGAAGGACAUAAAAGGAAAAAAAAGAUUAAGCACCAAAAACCGUUGGUCGAUGACGAAGGUACCUCCCAAAUGGCUAGUCUGACCUCCGCCAACGGAUUUGCGCAACAGAAAAAGAGAACUUGGCAUCAACGAGACCAAUCGUCACCGAAAGCCCCUACGCCUGAUAACUUGGUGGCUACGAAAAAGUCUCGACUAGAUCAGCACUCACACCGUGGUAACCGGAAACCUGAACAAGGUGGGUUCGUACCCGGUAGGAAACGACCGACACCACAGCCUGAAAGUGCCAGUGAUCAGCGUUUGCGAGCGUUUGGGUUGAAUCCGAGAAAGUUCCACAAUUCGCAGAAGUUCGGAAACCGGACACAAAAUGGUAACAUAAGUAACGCUGGUAAAAAGAUUGGUCCCACCGGAUCGUUGAAUAAGUCGUAUGAAAAGAGGGGAAAGAAAUCUGUAGAAUGAGUUCAAAACUUGAAGUAAUAAAAAAAUCGACCGUUGCUGAUUACGACGGCGAUGAUU